AUGUCCUCCUUCUGCAGCGCGGUGUAUAGGCAGACACCCAAACAAAUCAAUGGCGGUUAUAUCGGCAUUCAUAUACAGCAGCAAACGCAGAAUCAACGUGUGGCCCUGCAUGCAUGCAUGCAGCAGCAGCAGCAGCAGCAGCAGCAGCAACAGCAGGAGGAGGAGGAACAAAUGCAGCAGCAGGAACAAAUGCAACAGCAGCAGCAACUGCAGCAACAGCAGCAAGUGCAACAGCAGCAGCACCUGCAGCAACAGCAGCAACAAGUGCAGCAGCACCAAGUACAGCAGCAGCAGCAGCAGCAGCAGCAGCAGCAGAUACUUUAUAAGCAGCCCAAUGAGCUGGCGUGGAUCCGUUGUGCAGAAGUGCUGCGCCGUGCUGCAGCAGCAAACGAACUGCUGCUAUGUUGUCUUUUGUUAUGGCCCACAUCAGAGGCGUUUGCUUCGUCUCUGCUGCUUCUGCAUUCACAUCAGCACCUUAAGCAACAGCAGCAGCAGCAGCAGCUUUAUAAGCAGCCCAAUGAGCUGGCGUGGAUCCGUUGUGGUCAGGAACAGCAAAUGGCGUGGAUCCGUUGUGGUCAGGAACAGCAAAAGCAGCAGCAGAAAGAAGACGGGUGA